UCAGCCAUGAUGUGCCUCUGGCUUCUCAGCUCCCUGCUGGCCCUGAGCCAGGCUCUGCCCUUCGAGCAAAGGGGCUUCUGGGAUUUCACCUUGGACGACGGGCUGGCCAUGCUCAAUGACGAAGAAGCUUCGGGAGCUGACCCCACCUCGGGCCUGCCUGACCUGGAUGCCGUCACCCCCACCUUCAGUGCCGUGUGUCCUUUUGGCUGUCACUGCCACCUGCGUGUGGUCCAGUGCUCAGACCUGGGUUUGAAGGCUGUCCCCAAGGAGAUCUCCCCAGACACCACCCUCCUGGACCUGCAAAACAAUGGCAUCACUGAACUCAAGAAGGAUGACUUCAAGGGACUCCAGCAUCUCUAUGCGCUGGUGCUGGUGAAUAACAAGAUCUCCAAAAUCCACCCGAAGGCCUUCAGCCCCCUUCGAAAGCUCCAGAAGCUCUACAUCUCCAAGAACCACCUGGUGGAGAUUCCCCCCAAUCUGCCCAGCUCCCUGGUGGAACUGAGGGUCCAUGACAACAAGAUCAGGAAGGUGUCCAAGGCCGUAUUCAGCGGGCUCAGAAACAUGAACUGCAUUGGUCUCCCACCUCAGUCGCCACGUCGGGGGCCACUAAAGGAUGUUGCUUCAGCGGGCCGCCUCUCCAAGAGGAGCCAUGCAGCCCACCGAAUGCCCGGCGGAGCUCUGAGAGCCCAGCCACCUGGCGCCUCUCCCCUCGGAUCCCGCCUCAGACUGCCAGUGCUUUUGGAUAACCCAGCAGCCCGCUGGGGCCCCUGGAUCCCCCGAUCACCUCGAAAAACAAUACCCCGGCGCCUAGACCAGGGGGAAGAAGGAAAUCCUGCCCCCUAG